UCGUCCUUUUCGUUCGUCCUCAGUGCAGGAUAACGAAGCAGCGGUCUUCCCACUCCUUUGAGAAAGAGUGAUUUUUGCCAGCGAUUAACACUAGAUAAGCAAGACUGCCUCAAUCCUGGUCGCAUCGAGACAUCACAGGAGAAUUUCAAAUUGACUUCGAAGUUCUUUUGACAGACCUUAAGACAAUCAUCAUCACCACUGCUGACUAUGGAUAUGAUAGUGCGUCGCUGUCCGUUCCUGGCUCGGGUGCCACAGGCCUUCCUCCAGCAGCCCAAGAAGACUCUGACGGUCUAUGCCCAAAAGUGCCCCAUCAUGAUGGAACUGGCCUCUAAGCCCAUGGCUCCUUCAAUGGCACGGGCUCUCUGCUCCUCCUCCUCCUCUCACCAGAGGACUGAGGACAACACUGCCAGUGAAGCUCCCAAACUGGAAGGGGAACCCAAGCUGCCUGCUGGUCAUCCUAUGCCACCUUCAGGUCAGGCUGUGGCCUCCAAAUGCCCUUUCCUGGCUGCUGAGAUGGGCCAGAAAAACAGCAGUGUGGUCCGUCAGGUGGGCAUGGAGUUCCAGGAGGAUGUUCAGGAAGUCCGCACCGUCCAGAAAGAGGUGCCUUCUGCUCAGCUGAAGAAGCCAUCUUUUACAAGCAGCAUUAAGGGAAGAGAGGGAGCGCAGGCUAAUCUAAUGAAGACCCUCCUGAAACAGCAGCCUAAAAGGGUCUCUCACCUGCUGCAGGACAACUUAGGAAGCUUGUCUCGCUUCCAAUAUGAUGACUUUUUUGAGAAGAAGAUCGUGGAGAAGAAGAAUGACCAUACCUAUCGCGUGUUUAAGACGGUCAAUCGUCUGGCCAGUGAGUUCCCCAUGGCCGAUGACUUCACGGGUUCUUUGGAGGACAAGAGGGAGGUGUCUGUUUGGUGCAGCAAUGACUACCUAGGCAUGAGUCGACACCCACGGGUUGUGCAGUCCAUAACGGAUACUUUACGAAAGCAUGGUUCAGGAGCAGGAGGCACCAGGAACAUCUCUGGUACCAGUAAGUUCCAUGUGGAACUGGAACAAGAGCUGGCUGACCUUCACAAGAAGGACGCCGCACUGCUCUUCACUUCCUGCUUUGUGGCAAACGACUCCACCCUCUUCACCCUUGCCAAGAUGCUGCCUGGUUGUGAGAUCUACUCUGAUGCAGGCAACCACGCCUCAAUGAUUCAGGGUAUCAGGAACAGCGGUGCUAAGAAAUUCAUUUUCCGUCACAAUGAUGUCGCCCAUCUCCGAGAGCUCCUACAAAAGGGAGACCCAACAAAACCGAAGAUCGUGGCCUUUGAGACUGUUCAUUCUAUGGAUGGUGCUGUGUGUCCGCUGGAGGAGAUGUGUGAUAUUGCUCAUGAGUUUGGCGCCAUCACCUUUGUAGACGAGGUCCAUGCUGUGGGUCUGUACGGCGCCAGAGGAGGAGGCAUCGGGGAUAGGGAUGGCAUCAUGCACAAGAUGGAUAUCAUCUCAGGGACUCUAGGAAAGGCGUUCGGCUGUGUGGGUGGUUACAUCGCAAGUACUGAAGCGCUGGUGGACACGGUGCGCUCCUAUGCUGCUGGUUUCAUCUUCACCACUUCUCUGCCGCCAAUGCUCUUAGCCGGCGCCAGACAGUCCAUCCAAGUUCUUAAAGGGGAAGAGGGACGCACACUGAGACGUAAACAUCAGCGCAACGUCAAGCUACUCAGGCAAAUGCUAAUGGAUUCUGGGCUGCCUGUGGUACACUGCCCCAGCCACAUCAUCCCAGUCCGGGUAUCAGAUGCUGAGAAAAACACAGAGGUGUGUGACCUCAUGAUGAGUCGCCACAACAUCUAUGUGCAGGCUAUCAACUAUCCAACGGUUGCCAGGGGGGAGGAGCUUCUGCGCAUUGCGCCCACACCUCACCACACCCCUGAGAUGAUGAAAUACUUUGUUGAGACGCUGGUGCACUCGUGGAAGGAGGUGGGCCUGGAGCUGAAGCCUCACUCGACAGCAGAGUGCACCUUCUGCCAGCAGCCGCUGCACUUUGAAGUGAUGAGCGAUAGAGAAAAGUCUUACUUCAGUGGCCUCAGCCACCCGAUCUCAGCCUGCGCAUAACACUACUCGCUACUGCGGGCUGAAGACGGCACAUACACAUUCAUUACUCAUUCCUCUGUCACUGUCAUAAAAUGUAUUAAUUAUCUUUGAUAAGUCCUUCUACACAUAUUAUUUAAAUAUUCUAUGUUCAGAUGUUCUAUAUGCUCCAAAUAAAAAAAAUCUAUGAGGUGAAAA